GGCAACGGCAACGGCAAACGGCAAGGCGGCGCCGCUUCAUGGUCCGCCAUAUUGUGUAGAGGUGGUGCAUGUCUCGUGCUCCCCGCGUGUAUUUUCCGCUGUUUCGCCCGUAAGUUGAAUUAUCCGCGACUCGUCGUUGAAUUUGCCGGUGCUUGCAGGACCCGUCGGAGCGUGCCCUCGGCAGCAGACGUCGCUUCAGGGAUCCUCGUGCGUGUGUGUGUGUGUGACGCGAGCGUCGUCUACUUCGCGGAUCUGGCGUCAGACUUCAGGUCCACCAUUUCCGCGGUAACUUCCGCUGUGGAUGUCAAGAAUGGCUCCAGCCAGCACUCCUCGACAACUGUGGGUGUGGUCUUUGCCGUCACUAGUGAUCCUGCUGAGUCUUGUGUGGUACAAGCGGAAAAGGAACACUCUUCGCUCUGACCCAGGAGGCACUUCAAAACUCUUGCCGGACACUGCAGAGGCGGGACAUCAAGAUAUUGAAGAGGAGGACGAGAUCCCCCUUGGUUUGCAACAGAGUGACUUGACUUGCGAGCCAGACUCGACAGUUGACCACAGGCAAUUAAGUUCCGCAGACAUUGCCGAUUUGUUAAAAGGUGUUGAAACAACCAAGAGUGAGGACGUGGAAAUAAGCGCUGUCGCUACUCCAGUUGAGGCAGUAAAUCCCAUUCAGGUUGCUAAGCCUCCCAAGUGUGACAACACUCUUUCAUUGUCUCCUACUGGGGAGACACUAUCUGUGAAGUCUUUAGAGUGUGAUAAUACUCUACCCUCUCCUGUUGAGGAGAAACUAGUUGCUUUGAAUUGUGAGCCGUUACUCUCUGCACCUCAAGAGGUCAAGUGUGCGGAAAUUAUUCAUCAAGAGAACAAGUCUCCUCCAGAGACAGCUCAGAAAGCUUCAUCUCCCGACAAAAUGAAGGAUACGAAAGAAGUUGAAGCUGCGAUGGCUCCUCCCAAAGAAGCUAAGGAUGAGAGUAGUAAAGUAUGUGCCCUGGAAGGCAAACUUGCAUCCUUGGCUCUUGGAUCAAGUGAGGAGCAGAGGCGUGGUGCGGAGAGGGAUUCUGCCAACCACAGCCCUGUCGAUGCCAUGCUGGCCAGCCCAUCUAUGAGCAGCUAUUCAGAUGAGCAUAGUGAGGGCUCCAGCGACAGUGGCAAGGGGUGCAGUGACGUAGCGUCUCCGCCAUCAAGGACUCCUGUGGGCAGUGGUUCUCUGGCUGGUGACGCUGAAGUAGACAACAGUGUAGAAUCAACCAGCAACUAUUCCGUGUAUGAUUUCUUGCUUCCUCAGGUGCUAGUGGGACGUCUCAUUGGUCGCCAUGGGUCAUUUGUACAUGAAAUAAAGUCAAAGACUAAUGCUUCUGUAACAAUUAAGAGACACCCAGAAUCGACCAAGCAAAAGAUUUGUACAAUUGAAGGAACUACAGCAGACAUAGACAAUGCUUUAACUAUGAUCCGACAACGGUUUCCGAUUAACAAGUACCCCAAUAUUACAUUAGAUCAGAUUUCCCUAGCACCAACACCAACAACGUUUCCCUUGGUUCCAGAUUUCUGUCAACUGCAUCUCGUUGAGGGUGUGAACAAUGAGGUGAUGAUCUCAAGCUUGGUGUCACCUGCACACAUGUUCGUACAGCAGCCAUACCAUCCAUCAUAUCAAUUCCUUCAGCGACUUAAUCAUAUGAUGAAUUCUAUUUAUGCCAAUGUGGACGCUCCAAAUCUUCCAGAUCCUAUUGAAGCUGGCAAUAUUUGUGUGGCACCUGCUGUUGACGGCUGGUACAGAGCCCAAGUAGUUUCAACCAAUGAAGAAUCCCAGACUAGUGAAAUUAAAUUUGUAGAUUAUGGUGGCUAUAUGCCAGUGGGCAAUUCAGUCUUAAGACAAAUCCGGCAAGACUUUAUGACACUUCCCUUCCAAGCUACUGAAUGCUACCUUGCUAACAUCAAACCAUCAGGUGAAUCAGGGGAGUGGAGUCUGGAAGCACUUAGGAUAGUUGAAGAACUUACAAGAGGACAGAUGCUGCUUGCACAAGUGUACGACUAUGCAGCAGACGGUGUCCCAUUAAUUUAUCUCUACUCUUCUGUAAAUUCACAGCCAUGGAUGUAUGACCCAGAGGUUGUUCUCAUCAAUCAAGAAUUGGUUGCUCGAGGAAUGGCCGACUUAGACGAUUCUGCAGUUCUUUCACCAUCUUCUGAGGCGGCUUCUCUUGUGGUGGCCGCUAAAGCAUUAGCAGCUGCUGCAGCUGGUGAACCAUCCAACAGUGCCGUCAAAUCUGAAUCGAUGGUGUCAAGUGCAACAGCAGUAUGUGAAGACAAGCCAAAAGCAGUGGAAUCUACAUCUGAAUUGGCUGCAAACUAAUCAUCAGCUGCUAAUCUUCAGCUACUUCUUUGGCUUUACGCCUUUAUGCAUUGUGAUUUGGUUACCUCUGCUGUGAUGGCAGAGUGAACUUGUGAGCUGCAUCUUGCUUGAGAUAUUGGAAUGUUAUAGUGUUAUGAAGUGCCAAAAUGAUGCCAUCGUGCUCAAGUGUAAAUAUUGUUAAAUUACGCGAACUGAUGUCAUCCCAUCUAAGUGCUAGGAUUUAUUUUGUUGUACAAUUUACAUGUAUACAUGUACAAGUCGCAAGGAUCUCAUCCGUGCUGGACAGACCUCCAAGAUUCCAAUAAAGGACAAAAGACAUGUUUCCUUGCCUACUACUAAGAAUAUUUAGAUUGUAACUUUGUUGUUGUAGUGGCUAAGAUAAUGUUAAGUGUGUUGGUUAUGUUGUCACAAUGUAGAUUAGUCAUUGUUCGCUCCUGUAAAUUUGUGUUGAUUCCUUCCGUUUUCCUUCCUCCCCUGCCCCCUUUUUCUGUAUCGAACUCUGUUCCUUUGUGACUGGAGCAUUAAGGACAGAUGCAGAUUGCUGUUAAUUUAUUUCUAUAUUGGGUUUUUACUUGCUGACAUGUAUAAUUGUAGUUUUUCUGUUGUUUUUUUUUGUGCAACCAUUGUAUUUACUUGUGUGUGAUGGGCGGGUUUAAAAUAUUUUAUUGUCUUAAGAUCAAUCAUUCACAUUGUUUUGUUUUUCUUUUGUGAAAACACUUGUUAAUCAUGAUAGAAACAUAUCUAGCAGCUCAUUCUUGCUCUGGUACAACCUCAAUUCUUAAACUCUUGCCUAAUGAUUUGUAUUUGAGCUUACCGGCUCCAUGCAACCAUCUUAUUGCAUGCUAUUUUGCUUGGUCCAUGUAUCAUCUAUCAAUAUCAAAGGUGUUCUUGUUUUAUUUAAAAAUUAAAUAAAAAUAGGAUUUAAAAAAAUUCUUUAAUUAAGAAUAAACAUUUGUUUUUUGAGGUUUGUUUUUUAAUGGAUUUUUAAUCUUUGGUGCCAAAGUGGUUUCAAUAGCUGCUUUGGCUGAAGCUUUGGGGUGUUGCAUUGUCACCGACUUCACACCAUGUGUUUGCACCUUUUUUCGGUUAUUGAUGCACGGCUAUGUAUGUUCCGUAGCAUUUGUUAAAAGUUUAUUUCAAAAAUCUAGUUUUGUAAUGCUAUAGUUUUGUAAAUCAAUGUUUCAAUCCUGUCUAAAUUUCUCAUCUUUCUAUGAAUGAAUUUCUACUUAUGAUUUUCUGUCGCUUCCAUGUGUGGGUUGAUUGUUCUCCCUCAUUCUGAGUGUUUUCUUUUGAUUGCAUAAUGACAGCAACUUAAUUUUAAACAAUCUAUUAAUCUUGGCUGCAUUGUUUUAUAGAAUCUUGUGGAAUUUAAAAAUUACCAUCAAGCUUGUUAGAAUCCUAAAUUCAUUUUAAAUGAGAGCCAUCAGCACACUAGUAAAACUUUAUUUUGUAAAUAUGAAAUGUGAAAAUAUAUUUGAACUCAGUUUCCAAC